CCUCCUCCGCUGCAGCCUUGACUCUGACACAGCCGGCAUGACUGCAAACUCAGAGCUGCUCGCACAAAGAGGGGCACGUCGCUUCGCUUGAGACGCGUAAAUCGCUCGUUUUGUUUCUUCCCGGCGAGGGGACGAAGGAAGACGGCUGAUUCAAGGAGCGCUAAAGGAAGGGAGGAGCAUCGAAAAAGCAGGUCUGUCCCUGAAAACGUCAACGACUGAGGGAAAGGAACGCAGAACUGCCUCAUCAUGAAUUUUGUAAUGAAAGCUGCGAUGGGAGGAGGCCCCCCUGAUGUGGGCAAGAUGCUGGGCGGGGAGGAGAAGGAGGAGGACCCCGAUGCAGCAAAGAAAGAGGAGGAGCGACAGGAAGCGCUAAGGCAGCAGGAGGAGGAGAGGAAGGCCAAAUAUGCCAAGAUGGAGGCUGAGAGGGAACAGAUGAGGCAGGGCAUCAGGGAUAAGUACGGGCUGAAGAAGAAAGAGGAGGCCGAGGCUGAGGCAGCGGCUGCUGCGGAGGAGCCCGCAGCCGGCAGCUUGACCCGACCCAAGAAAGCCGUGCCGGCCGGUUGUGGGGAUGAGGAGGAAGAAGAAAGCAUCAUGGACACAGUGAUGAAAUACCUGCCAGGCCCUCUGCAAGACAUGCUAAAGAAGUAGCUUAGCCAGCUAACUAAAGCUAACACUGUCUGGCUGAAUUUGCAGGCUACAUUCACAAGGUUGGCUUGAAUCGGGUUUUUAUUGUCUAUGUAGAUCCAACAUAGAAUUUAGAGGAGUGUUUCGGUGUCAAAUCACAAUUUUGUAGUAGGGAAACUUCUCAGAUGUGAACAAACAGACUACACUGACUCAGCAACCGGGUGAAUGUUAGCUAGACUGAUGUUAGCUUCAGCCAUGUUAGAUUUCAAAGCUAACAACAUGUGGAGGGCUAAAGUCACAUUUCAGAUGGGUUACCCUUCUAGUUUGAGACAUUUUGAACUUUUUGUUUUCUUCUCUGCAUUAGCUGCAGUAUGGAAAAAUAUAUCUGUCCACCACCUUCACUCAGUUUGUACAUAAAAAAAAUUAUAAAAAAAAGUAACGCAUACAUCAAGGUGGGCAAAUAAUCAUAGAUAUCACAUAUAAAAGAAUACACGAGUGGCUAUUUAAAAGAAGAAAAAAAAAAAGAUAUAUCUGGAUAAGCCAUAUUUUAAGAACAAUUUAAAGACUACUGUUGUAUGUUCCUAAAGUUUAUGUUAUGUGUGUUCUGUCUGAUAUUUAUGUAAAACCUUUUGCACACAGUGUUACACGUAAUCUGUAAAACCUUUUUGUCUGUCUUCCAGACACACUCCCUCAAAGCGCAACGCGUUCCAUGUUCAUAUUGUACGGUGUUCAGAAAUGUUUUUACUUCCUUGCUCAGUGUCAUGUCCUGCAUGCCAUUUGUCUGGAGAGUUUGUUGUGUCGUCAUGUAUUAAAAUCCACCUGAUUGCUGUCCAUCUUAUUUCUCAUCAUGCAAAAAAAUAUCGAGGCAAUAACUUAAGUUUGACUGUGUUUACUUCCAUGUUGAUAUAACCGUCAAUUAUAAUAAUAAUAAUUAUAACAACAACAAUAAUAAUAAUAUCAGUAGUUUAAAAAAAGCAAUUAGAUAUGUAUGUAUUCAGGAAACUAAUUUUGAUUUGCUUGGUGUCUCUCUUUUUUGUUGUUUGUUUUCUUUUGUCAUUUUGAGGAAGAAUGACUGCUGUAGCUGUUUUACGCAACAGCCAAAACCUUAAGCUAUCAGCCAUAAGACCAGAAGUUACAGUAGCUAUACUGCUACAAUCAGGAUCAAUGGGAAGGAAGACAUGACAUGUGAAUGAGAUAAAGGGUUUUUUUUCCUCUUUGUUUUAGAAAUUAUAUCAAAGAGACCAAGUCUUGUUGGAGAGAGGCCACUUUCCUUCAAUACACAAUCCCAGCCUGCUGAUUUUGUUUUACAGAAAAUAACAGAAGCAAGUGUUUCAAAGGGUUCAGUGUUACUGUUCUGGAUGGAGGUUAUGCAGAAUGACAAGAGCAAUAACGGAUUACAUAUAUGUUUCUGCCUGAGAUUCAAUAAAGACUUAAAAUCCCGCUCACAGA